AUCUGACCCCCUCUCUCUCUCUCUCGCCUUCCUCGCUUCCUUCCGGCGCCUUCCCUCCUCUUCUCCCACAGUCCCACGCGACCGCCGCGCCUUCCCAUGGUCCUCAUGGCCGCCGUCGAGAACGACCACCACCGCAUCGCGAAGGUAUCUUCGCCUCCAUCGGAUUAUCCGGCUCCCGCGCUGCCAGCGUCCCGCACGCGGCUCCACGGCUUCUCCUUCCCCACCCUCAGCUGGGGCACGCACCGCCUCCUCCGCUGCUCCAAGAGCCCCGCCUCGUCUCCCCCGCAUGCUGCUCCGGAGACCCCAUCCAAGCCCCACCGUCCCGAGGGCGGCGGCUCAGGCGGUUCGUUGCAGCGUCAGCGCACACCUCAGCGGCCGUGGAACGUCCGCACCCGCCGCUCCGCCACCGCUGCCCCGCCGUGGCCGGCUAGAUCGGAUGACGCGGCCGAGGCGGAGGAGCGCGUACCCGAGCCGCCUAUGGAGAUGAAUAAGCGGGGGUUCUCCAUCGUGCUGUCCAAGGAGGAGAUCGCCGAGGACUUCGCGGCGAUCCGCGGGACGCGGCCCCCGCGCCGACCCAAGAAGCGCCCGCGCACGGUGCAUCGGCAGCUCGACUUGCUGUACCCGGGAUUGUGCCUAGCAGAUGUGACGCCGGGCUCGUACAAGAUCGAAGAGAGGUGAUUGGUGCUUUGGUGCAGCUUCAUGGAAGGGGCUUUCACUUGUUCCGAUCUACUCUGUUCUAUUUUCUUCUGAUGGCUAACACGUCUGUUUCGUAAGCGUUUUUUUUUUUGUGUGGAUUAGAGGAAGUUUAGGUGGAAUUUCCUGUGAUUAUGUAUUGGGGGUGUGGUUAGGAAGCAGUUUAGCUUUUCAAUUUGAUUACUGGGCUUGUAGGAUUGUCAAUUGUAUAAAGGGUUAUGAUCCUUAGGUAGGGGAUUGCCUUGUCAUGUACAUGAUCUAAUCUAUGAAGGAAUAUAGUUGUUGAAUUUUCAAA